CCCGGCCCUGUGCCCGCAGCGCUGAAGGACGAGCGGUUCCAGCUGGUGGAGUUCAGCCGGCGGCGGCUGCGGUUGCGCCUGGCGCGGGCCCGGCUGGAGGACGAGGGUGGUUACUACUGCCAGCUGUACACCGAGGCCACCCACCACCAGAUCGCCACCCUCACCGUGCUGGUGCCCCCCGAGGACCCGGUGGUGGAGGCCGGCGCGGCGGCGGUGGAGGGCGCGGAGCUGGAGCUGAGCUGCGUGGUGCCAAGAGCCCGGCCCCCGGCAACGCUGCGCUGGUACCGGGACCGGAGGGAGCUGCCGGGUGAGAGCAGUGGCAUGGGGCUUGGGGUGUGGGGCUGGGGCGUGGAGCGCCGCGAUCACGGAGCCAUCGUCACCUGCGAGGCCUCGCACCCGGCCCUGGCGAGGGGGCAGCGCCGCCAGACCCAGUACAUGUUGGAUGUGCAGU